CUCUGUUGAAAAGCAAUUGAAUCCCUUUUUCUCUUUCUUCUUGCAUUUGAUUACCACUUACUCUUUUUCAAUUCAAACUGUUCCUUUAUUCCUCCUUAUAACAUCUCAAAUCCAUGGAAGACAAUCAAUGGCUAGACCCACUUCUUAUAACUGACGUUUGUACUCAAGAAAAAGAACAACAAUUCAACUCUGCAGACCCUUUAAAUCAAUUGUGCAGCUCAACAACUUCUGUCAUGGCUGAUCCUGAUGAUUGCAGUCCCAAUUCAAUUCAAGUAGGCGUUUCUUGGAGAAAACGAAGCUUAGAUGACAUGUAUGGAGAGAAUUCUAGUAACUCUGCAGUUAAAAGGGCUCUUGAUGGGCGGGCAAUGUUGGGGUUUUCAUUAACCUCGCCUGAUUUGGUUAUCUGCACUGGGUCACCUGAUAUUGCUGGACAAAAAUUUGGAGAUUCACCUCAGUUUUUUAAGGGUGCCUCAACUGUGGUUUCUCUGGAAAAUGGAAUCAAUGGUGAAAACGGUUCCCCUGAGAACCCGGAAGUUACAAAAUCAUCAAUGUUGUGGCAAUCAUCCACUGAUCGAAAUGUGCCUCAAGAAGCUGAAUUUGAGCUUCCUACUCCUCCGAUGACUGAAAAGGAGUCACCAGAGACCUCAAUGCCUUUGAUGAGCAUUAAUGUUGGUUCAACGGAUGUCAUUGUCUCUCCUCAAGGGGUGAAGUUCUCAGAGGACCAGUAUUUCAGUGGAGGUGAUACUACAAACACUAGGAUUGCAGUUGGGGAUAGUGAAGAUUUUAAUCUUUACCAAAGUGCACGACUUGGAAACAUUACAUAUAGUUUAAAAACUAUGGGGCCAGGGUUCUACAGAGUGGAUUUGCAUUUUGCUGAGAUUGUGUUCAUUGAUGGUCCAUCAGGAAUGAGGGUGUUCGAUGUUUUCAUUCAAGAGCAGAAGGUUGUUUCCAGCUUAGACAUUUAUGCACGGGUUGGUGGAAACAGACCCCUUGUUCUAUUGGAUAUUGAAGCUCGUGUUGAGGGUGAGGAAGGAUUAUCGAUCAGAUUGGAAGGAGUUGUUGGAAAUCCAAUACUUUGUGGGAUUUCAAUAAGCUGUAGAGAUGUCAAUUCACUGGCUGCUAUGGGCAUACCCCACAUUCCACAAUGCAAAUCUCUGAAAGAUACUGGUAAUGACACUGCAGAUAAAGAAUUCCAAAGAUUGUACCUCAAGUAUGAAUGCCAACAGAAAGAGCUAAUGGAAACAAAGCAGGCACUUGUUCAGCUUCAAAAAGAGAAUGAACUGAAGCAGAGAGAGUGUCAAGAAGCCUGGAGAUCUUUGAAGGACCUUCAAAAUGAGCUCAUGCGCAAGUCAAUGCAUGUUGGAUCAUUGGCUUUUGCCAUUGAAGGACAAGUGAAAGAAAAGAGUAGAUGGUUUUCAUCAUUGAGAGACCUGACAAGAAAGCUGAAGAUUCUUAAAAUGGACCAGGUCAAACUUGCCGAAGAGGCUUUAACAUAUAAGGGAUGCUUGGCAGAGUUGAAUCACAUAAAUUCUGCAAUUCAAUCCAAAAUGGAAGAACAUGUACAGAUUCAUGAGGACCUUAAGGUCAGAUUUAUCAAAAGCUCGAAGGAAAAAAAAGAGUUAUAUAACAAAGUUCUGGAGUUGAAAGGAAAUAUUCGGGUCUUUUGUCGGUGUAGACCCCUGAAUGGUGAAGAGGUUGCUUCAGGAGCUUCAAUGGCAAUAGAUUUUGAAGCUGCCAAGGAUGGAGAGCUGACUGUAAAAUCAAAUGGGCUUGCGAAGAAAAUAUUUAAGUUUGAUUCUGUCUUUAGCCCCCAGGCAGGACAAGUUGAUGUCUUUGAGGAUACAGCCCCAUUUGCCACAUCUGUUCUGGAUGGAUAUAAUGUGUGCAUAUUUGCUUAUGGUCAAACUGGAACUGGAAAAACUUUUACCAUGGAAGGUACAGAAGAGGCGCGUGGUGUAAAUUAUAGAACGCUUGAGGCUUUAUUUCACAUAAUUGAUGAGCGACAAAGCACUUUCUGGUAUGAGAUAUCUGUGAGUGUGUUGGAAGUUUACAACGAGCAGAUUCGAGAUUUACUAGCGUGUGAUUCAGGACUCAGCACAAAGAGACUGGAAGUAAAGCAAGUAGGUGAAGGAAUGCAUCCUGUUCCAGGAUUGGUUGAAGCUCAGGUCAACAACAUGAAAGAGGUCUGGGAAGUCCUUCGAACCGGUAGCAAUGGAAGGGCCGUUGGAUCAACCAGCGCAAAUGAGCAUAGUAGCCGGUCACAUUGCAUACAUUGUGUGAUGGUGAAAGGAGAGAACUUGUUGAGCGGAGAAUGCACAAGAAGUAAGCUAUGGCUAAUUGACCUAGCUGGAAGUGAAAGGAUUGCCAAGACAGAAGUUCAAGGUGAAAGAUUAAAGGAGACCCAAAACAUCAACAAAUCUCUGUCUGCGCUUGGGGAUGUGAUAUCUGCUCUUGCAACUAAAAGUCCGCACAUACCUUUCAGGAACUCCAAGCUUACUCACUUGCUUCAAGACUCUUUAGGUGGAGAUUCAAAGACGUUGAUGUUUGUACAGAUUAGUCCCAAUGAGAAUGAUUUGAGUGAGACUCUCUGCUCACUAAAUUUUGCGAGUAGGGUCAGAGGGAUAGAGUUGGGACCUGCAAAGAAGCAAGUAGAAAACAAUGAGCUCUUGAGAUGCAAACAAAUGGUUGAAAAGAUAAAGCAAGAAAUGAAGAGCAAAGACUUCCAAAUUAAGAAGCUGGAGGAUACCGUUCAGGGCCUAGAUAUAAAGAUCAAAGAGAAAGAUAUGAAAAACAAGAACCUGCAAGACAAGAUUAAAGAAUUGGAGUCGCAGCUACUGGUAGAGAGAAAGCUAGCAAGGCAGCACGUGGAUACUAAAAUAGCAGAAGAGCAACAACACGCGAGACAACAGCAAGAAGAGCAAAAUUCUGCACUUACAAGGCCACCACUUGCAUCCAGAACACUUGACUCUUUUCGAAUGCUUGGUGAGAAUAAAGAUCAACAGUCAAAUAUAACUCGUCAGAAUAACGAGAACAACUGCAAAGUUCCUUCCUUCCCUACCUUUGAUGGCCUGACCAAACACAAUGAGAUAGAGAAAGAAAAUAAUCCUGAGAUGACUGAGCAAUUCCCAUUGCCAAAGCGGACAGGCAGAGCUUCUAUUUGUCCAGGUGCACAAAGGAUUCCACCUGCACAACUUCCACGACGCAACUCUCUAAUUCCUUUGCCAAGUGUGCCAUCAACAGCCAAGAUGCCUUCUUCACUUUUAGCAUUGAAACCCAUACAGGCUGACAAGAUAGAAGAUGCUCAUGGGGUUGAAUAUGAUUCCCCGCUUGAACCGACUCCAUGGGACAGUCCUAAAGAAAAUAAAAUUGGAACUAAGAAGCUGAGCAGUUUACUGAGAAAAAGCAUCCAAAAGAAAAUGCAGAUGAAGUCGCCAAAGCAGCAGCAGCACAUCAGAAGAGCUGGUGUGAAUGUGGGAAUGGAGAAGGUGAGAGUCUCUAUUGGAAGCCGAGGGAGAAUGGCUCAUAGAGUGCUAAGUAAUGCUAGAAGAGUAGCUAAGGACACGCAACAAUUGCAAAGUAGGAGAGAGAAGGAGAGAGGGUGGAAUAUUGGAACAGCAGCAAGAGCUAUUUUAUGAAGCACGAUUUCGACUU